AUGGCCACCCAACAACUCCCUCCUCCUCCGAGUGGCCAGGUCUUAUCAUUGAUCUCGGCUCUAUCGAAUACGUCCAAUCACGAUUUACACGUGCAAGCGAUUCGAGCACGCGAUGACGCCUUGUCGUCGUCUCCCGAGUCGUAUGGGAAUUUGUGUGUGCAAUUGGGAUUUCUGCUGGUGGGCUGCGAUCAACCGAAUACGCUGUGGACGAGACUGAAUCCAUCCGAUUUGCAGCAAUGGAAACAGACCGAUAUGCAGUCCGUGUUAAGACUGGAACAAGACGCAUCGCUCUGGAUUCCUUUUGGACAAAUGGCAGGACUGGUCCUCAAAAAUGCGUUGCUACGGCCGCCCAUUGUACAACAGAUGAAACCACUUUCCUUGCAAGAUCCACAAGCAAGUCACGUCAAAGCCACAUUAUUGACGUGUCUGGCAUGUCAACAUGCCGAAUUGGCCAAUGUCGCCAGUUCCGUCAUUGCCACCUGUUCGGUAUCACCCGAUGGCGUACAGCCAAGAUUGCACAUUUCCGCAUGGCCCGAAUUGAUUCCCACCUUGAUUUCCAAUCUACAGCAACAGCAACAACAACCAGCAGCAGUUGUCGAAGGAUCGCUCACGACCAUUCGAAAAAUGAUGGAAGAUGGACCCCGCGAAUUGGCACCACACCAUUUGGAUGCUCUCGUUCCCAUUCUAUUACGGUUUCUAGCCGCACCCGAUGAAAAACCCAAAGUGUCGGCAUUGCAGUCCCUCAUUGCCUGUCAUUCCGAUGAUAUCAUGCCAUCGGCACUGGUCGUGCAUUUUGGGGAUUAUCUAGCGGGUAUUUCUGCUCUGGCAACCGAUCCUUCUCCCCUCGUACGAAAAUGGGUCUGUCGAUCCAUUGUCACCUUGCUCGAAUUGCGUACCGAAUAUGUGUCUGGGCAUAUGGCUGCCAUUUCGCAAUUCAUGUUGCAACAAACCAUACAACAACCACAGCAACAACAGACAAAUAGUACUACGAGUGACAUUCACGUGGCACUGGAAGCCUGCGAAUUCUGGUUGGCAUUUGCCAAUUUGGACGAGGAACAGUGCACCGCCGAUAUGGCGGAUACCGUCGGGAAUCUACUGCCACAACUCAUUCCCAUUCUACUGCAAAACAUGGUGUACGGACCGGAACAACGAUUGGAAUUGCAAGCACAGAAUGAAUUGGAUCUGCAGCAGCAACAACAGCCAAGUAGUAAUAUGAAACCAGUCUUUCACAAGACACGCAAUAAACAUGGCAAAGACGACGAUUCCAACAAUAGUGACGGUGAUGAUGGCGACGGCGAUGACUUUGAUGAUGAUGAGGAUGGCAAUGAAUGGACGCUUCGAAAAUGUGCCGCGGCCAGUUUGGACUCCCUUUCCAAUUUUUAUGGUGCGGCCGCCAUUUUGCCACCACUGCUUCCCGCAUUGGAACAGGGAUUAUCCAGCACGGAUCCAUGGGUACAAGAAGCGUCCAUAUUGGCAUUGGGUGCCAUUGCCGAUGGAUGUCGGGAAGAAAUGAAUGCACACAUGGGACAGCUACAUCCCUACUUGAUGAAUCACUUGGCAGCAGCACAACAGGCGGGAUCAUUGCCACAAGUCAAGAGUAUUGCGGCCUGGACCAUUGGACGAUAUGCCGCUUGGGCGGUCGAACAGGUACAGACGGGAAUGCAAGGACACUUGUUGGCACAAAUGACGGAAGUAUUCAUCGAACGAUUAAAGGAUCAAAACAGAAAGGUCCAAGUGGCAUGUGUAUCGGCGUUUGGAGUCGUCAUGGAAACAGCAGGUGAUCUCAUGGCGCCCUAUUUGGAGCCAGUCUUUCAGGCAUUGGUGGCGGCACUGGUACGAUAUCAGGGACGAAGUUUGGUCAUUUUGUUUGAUACUCUGGGAAUCAUGGCGGAUUUUGUCGGCCCAGCCAUUGCCGAAGGACAUCUUCCCAGUAUCUUUGUCCCACCGUUGAUGCAAAUGUGGGAUGGUCUUGCCAAGAGUGACCCCACUGAUCGGACCUUGCUCCCACUCAUGGAAAGUGUGGCUAGUAUUGCCAUGACGAGUGGAAUGAAUUAUCAACCGUAUGCCUUGGAAACAUUCAACAAUGCCAUGUGUAUGAUUGAAUCCGUCACAUUACUGUUGGCGACGUCGGGAGACGAGAAGAUUGAGAACGAUGAAGACGCUGAUCCAAUUGUUUGCGCCACAGAUGUCUUGGAUGGUCUAGCCGAAGGUCUUGGUGGAAAUUUUGCAGCAUUGGUGUUGAGCAGUGAUCGAUACAGACCUCAAUUCACAACCAUGCUCCAGACGCUGUGCAACCAUCAGGUAGCAGGUGUGCGGAUGAGCGCAUUUGCCUUGCUGGGCGAUCUGGCCCGGAAUGCUCCUUCGAUUAUUGAAGCGGCUCUACCGCAGUUGUUGCCAGAGGCAAUAUCCAAUGUGGAUCCCAUUCAACCCUCUGUGUGUAACAAUGCAGUGUGGGCAAUUGGCGAAGUCUGUGUGCGGUGUGGAGACAACCCGGCACCCUUGGAGCCGUUUGCGGCUCCCUUUUUGCAAAAGUUGAUUGGUCUGCUCAUGGGAAAUGGGGUUGUCAUGGGAUCACCAGGUUCUAGUGGAUAUCGAGGUUCCAACAUUCCCGGACUGGCAGAAAACGCUUCGGCGGCAGUUGGACGGCUUGCCAAGGUCAAUCCCAACUUUGUGGCGCCCGACUUGCCACGAUUUUUGCUUGGCUGGUGCGAUGGUAUGGCAAAGAUAUCAGACCCCGGUGAACGACGGGAUGCUUUCGAAGGGUUCAUCAAGGCCGUGUACGCGAAUCCUCAAUGUAUCCAAAAUGCAGCUGCCAACGUAUCUGAUGCCAUUGCUUCCAUCGUGUUUGCUCUCGUAUCAUGGCACAUGCCACCACCACAAGCCGACGAUUCAAGCUAUGAAAAUGUAGCUCAACUGUUGAAUGGAGAGUAUGCCUUCCAACCAUUCCCACAACACGAAGCGGAACUGGGGCAAAAAUUGGUUCAACUCGUGAGGGAAAUCAGAACUUCUGUGGGGGAAGAGACAUGGACACGAGUACAGAAUCAGCUACCUGUCAACGUCAGAAGGCUGCUUCGGGAAGCGUAUCAGCUCUAA